AUGGUCCUCUCCAGCGUGAGCGGCUUCGUCUGCUGGAUGUAUUUGUUGCCGAACUGGUUCACCCCGCGGGGCCAGCCGGUCUGGGAGCGGUUGGGCGGCACCACGGACAUGGCGGGAGGCGGCGAGGGGAGCGCUCAGAGCCCAGCGGCGGGAACCGCGUCCGCCAUCAACCCGCGCGGUGCCUCCCGGAAACCUCCCGCCGCACUUCCGGCGCCAGCCAUUCCCUGGAGCCGCUCUGCCCCUCACCCGGGCCUCUCGCUGGCAGCCGGCGGCCGCGCCCCGCCCUCCCCUUUCUCUCAUUGGUCCCCUUUGCGAGGCUCCGCCCUCCAAGCGAUCCGAUUGUCCGGAAGCGGCCGCGCUAUGGCCACCAAGCGGCGCGGGGCGGCGGCGGCGCCGGGGAAGAAGCGCGGGAAGCGGGAGGCGCGCGCCGAGCUGUGCGCUGCCCUCAGGGACCCGGAGCUGCGGGAGCGGGCGGCGGAGGCCUGGGGCUGCGGGGAGCCCCUCCGACACGAGGCGGCGGCGCUGGAGCUGGAGCCGGUUCCGUUCCGCCACGGCGUCAUCCCCGGCUUCCUGGCGGACCCGGGCUUUGCGGAGCCGCUACGCGAUGAGCUGCAGGGGCUGUGGUUCCGCGGGCGCCGCAAUGAUCUCCUCUCGCUGCGGCAGUCCCAGGAGCUGGGGGGAAGCCCGGAGCCCCACAUCGCCGCGCUGAGGCAGGCUCUGAGUGAAGAAUUCCGAGCGUGGCUUUCUGCUGUGACCCAGAUCGAGCUGGAGCCAACUCUUGACAUCUCCUGCUCUAAAUAUGAAUACACUGAUGUCCUGCUGUGCCACGAUGAUGAGCUGGAGGGCAGGAGAGUGGCUUUCAUCCUCUACCUUGUCCCACCCUGGGAGAAAAGUGAUGGGGGAACUCUGGACCUGUACAGCACAGAUGAACACUCCCAGCCACAGCAAGUAGUCAAGUCAUUAGUGCCUUCGUGGAACACACUCGUUUUCUUUGAAGUGUCUCCAGUCUCUUUCCACCAGGUGUCUGAAGUUCUGUCUGAGGAGAAGACCCGUCUGUCUGUCAGUGGCUGGUUUCAUGGCCCACCCAUAGCCAGACCUGCACACCAGGGUGAAGCUGCCUUGCCCAGGGCCCCACACAUCCCCCAUGAUCACGAGAUCUUGUAUGAAUGGGUCAGCUUACUUUAUUUGGACAUGGACUCCCAAGCUCAAAUCCAGGAGGAAUUUGAAGAGCGAUCAGAAAUUCUCCUGAAAGAUUUUCUGAAGAAAGAGAAAUACCAGCUCCUGUGUGAAGCUCUGGAAAACAAAGACAUCAAGUGGAGCAGCAGGGGCCCUGCCAAUAAAAGAUUCUAUGAGGCAGCAGAGGAGGGGAGCCUCCCUCAUGUCCUGAAGCAGUUCCUGCAGUUCCUACGCUCUGAGGCUUUGUUUUUGCUGCUCUCCAACUUCACUGGCCUGAAGCUGCACUUCCUGGCUCCCUCUGAUGAAGAUGAAGAUGCUGGGGAAGGCAGGGUAGCAGAGGCUGCUGGCCAGGAGGAGGCUGAACACGAUGCUGCCAGCAGUCCCCAGCAGGCAGAGCAGCAGCCUGAGAGUGUCCCUGAAGCACAGGACAGCAGGGCACAGAACGGUGCUCCUGUGUGUGCAGGGGAGCUGAGGCACUGGACCCAUGGGCACUACACUCUGGUCCACGACACUCAAGCAACAGAAUUUGCUCUUGACCUGCUCUUCUUCUGUGGCUGUGAGGGCUGGGAUCCAGAAUAUGGUGGCUUUACUUCCUACAUUGCUAAAGGUGAAGAUGAAGAGCUGCUGACAGUGAAUCCAGAGGAGAACUGCUUGGCCUUGGUUUAUAGAGACAAAGAAACACUGAAGUUUGUGAAAUACAUCAACCACCGGAGCCUGGCGUGGCUGAAGAGCCCCAACAGGACAGGGUUCUGGGACUUUUCCUUUGUCUAUUAUGAGUGAGAUGCAGAGUGGGGCCAGGACAGUGCUGGGGGGCUGGGGAAAGGUCCUCUCCAGGCAUUCAUCCUGGAUAAAUGUGGCUGUUUGCAGCUUCAUCACAGUGUGUGUGAGCUGCAGUGGGGUCCAGGUGACUUUUAUUCACUGUACUAAUGGGAAUUCUGCCUCCUCCCAAGGAGCUCACACCCUCAGCUGCUUUAAUGCCACCUGGAAGGGGUCAUUGUCACACAGCUGUCAGCUUUCCAGGUGUUUGUCAUGGCAGCUGCACAGUGGGAUGUGUCUCUAACCUGUCAGGAUGAACACUGCAACUGUACAUUGCCACAAGGUAAUGACUGAGCUUAUUAAAUUAAAAAAAAAA